AUGCCCGGGAAAAGAGUGAUCAAGCAGUUAAUGAAGAAAGAGUUCACUCUGGAGUUCUCUCGUGACCGCAAGUCCAUGUCCGUCUACUGCACCCCCGUCAAGCCAGGGUCCCAGAGCAAGAUGUUCAUCAAGGGGGCUCCAGAGAGUGUGAUAGAGCGCUGUCAGUACCUGAGGGUGGGGACAGGGAAGGUCCCGCUGACCGACGCCUUGAGGGACCAGCUGCUGUCUAAGAUCAGGGACUGGGGGACGGGCAGGGACACACUGCGCUGCCUGGCCCUGGCCACUCGUGACAUCCCGCUACGCAAAGAGGACAUGGACCUGGAGAAUUCAAACAAGUUUGCAGGUUAUGAGUUGGGCCUCACAUUUGUUGGCUGUGUGGGCAUGCUGGACCCGCCCAGGAAGGAGGUGAUCGGUUCAGUGAAACUGUGCAACGAGGCAGGCAUCCGCGUUAUUAUGAUCACGGGAGACAACAAGGGCACAGCUGUGGCUAUCUGCAGACGAGUUGGCAUCUUCGGCGAGGAUGACGACGUGACCGGAAUGGCCUACACGGGGCGCGAGUUCGAUGACCUCACGCUGGAGGAACAGAGAGAAGCCGUCAAACGGGGGCGAUGCUUCGCCCGCGUGGAGCCAUCUCACAAGUCUAAGAUUGUGGGAUUCCUGCAGUCAUUCAAUGAGAUUACUGCCAUGACAGGAGAUGGUGUGAACGACGCCCCCGCCCUGAAGAAAGCCGAAAUCGGCAUCGCCAUGGGCUCCGGCACAGCGGUGGCGAAGUCAGCGUCUGAGAUGGUGCUCUCUGAUGAUAACUUCUCCACGAUCGUGGCUGCCGUAGAGGAGGGCAGAGCCAUCUACAACAACAUGAAGCAGUUCAUCAGAUACCUCAUCUCUUCCAACGUGGGGGAAGUGGUCUGCAUCUUCCUGACAGCCAUCCUGGGGCUCCCUGAGGCUCUGAUCCCAGUGCAGCUGCUCUGGGUGAACCUGGUGACCGACGGCCUGCCAGCCACCGCCCUGGGCUUCAACCCCCCAGACCUGGACAUCAUGGACAAACCCCCCCGCAACCCUAAGGAGCCCCUCAUCUCUGGCUGGCUCUUCUUCAGAUAUUUGGCCAUUGGAGGAUAUGUGGGUCUUGGAACAGUAGGCGCUGCCACAUGGUGGUAUCUGUAUGAUGAGGGCGGCCCACAAGUGUCCUUCUAUCAGCUGAGACACUUCAUGCAGUGCACUGAGGAUAACCCCAUGUUCAAGGGAAUCGACUGUGAUGUGUUUGAAUCCCGCUACCCCACAACCAUGGCCCUAUCUGUGCUGGUCACCAUCGAGAUGUUCAACUCACUCAACAGUUUGUCUGAGAACCAGUCCCUGAUCAGGAUGCCUCCCUGGGUCAAUUUCUGGCUGCUGGGAGCCAUCGUCCUCUCCCUCUCCCUCCACUUCCUAAUCCUCUACGUCGAGCCUCUGCCGUUGAUCUUCCAGGUGACCCCUCUGCACUGGUCACAGUGGAUCGUGGUCCUGAAGAUCUCCAUCCCUGUCAUCCUCCUGGAUGAGGCACUGAAAUAUGUCGCCAGGAACUAUCUAGAAGGUGAUGAGGAAAGGAAAUACCGGAGGAGAUGGAAGCGGGACUAAGUCAUCUCCCUCGACACACUCACACACUUAAACACACGCCUCCCCUCUUCCCUUUACGAGAUAGAAAGCUAGAAACCUUUUUUGUCUCCCCUGUCCUCGUUCCCUCAAUCCUGCAUGUCCAACAAACACCACUAGAAAUGAGGUGUGUGUGUGUGUGUGUGUGUGUGUGUGUGUGUGUGUGUGUGUGUGUGUGUGUGUGUGUGUGUGUGUGUGUGUGUGUGUGUGUGUGUGUGUGUGUGUGUGUGUGUGUGUGUGUGUGAAAAGAAAAACAUAUUCCUAACUAGUCGGCUCUGCUUUUUAAAGAUGUCUGCUCAUUGUUUUCUUGACUAUACAUACAGUGGUGCAGUAACUGGACUUUGGGAGGGAAGGAGAGGGAGGACAGGGGAACGGAUAAUAAUAUUAGGUGGGAGGGGGAGGGAUAUUUGAAAAUAGCAGAGAGACGGAAAGAGAGACUGAGAGGCCUGCCAUCAUGGAGAAGAGACAUCACGAGAAUAAACAAGAACGUAGGAGGUGAAAACAGCGGGAUACGAGAUGACCAUUGUUCCAGUGUGUGUCCACUAAACAAUUAUCUGGAGGUACCGCCACACACACACGCACACUACUGGCCGAGAGUUCCAGGGGCGCGGCCUUAUCAGCACAACAACAUCGUAUCUCUGGCCAGUUUGUCACAGCGCUGCUCCACCAUCGCUCUUUGUCCGAAGUCUUACUGAUCUUGCUUUUAUGCAGAUGUACUCUCUGUCUCUCUUUCUCGCUUUCUGUGGAGGAGGCACCUGUGGGCUCGGGGUUAUGACCUCAUCGGCCUCUUCGAGUUGGGGUGGGGAGAUUUCGCUCCACCUAAAGGUGUGAAUAGCUUUAUGCCGCUUGGCCGCUUCCUUCGCCUCUUAAAUCGAGGAGCUGAGGUCAGCUCACAGACUUGGUAAACGUGUAUAAAAUACAAAUAAAUAAAUAAAAAUGUCUGUGGCACGCCUGUGUUUAUAAUGCAUUGUAAAUGACUAAUUAUUAGCUAAUAGCACUGUAUAAUUAUUGUCAUAAGCGAUCAUAGACAUACAUUUCUACAAUCCUUUAUAACACAAAGUAUUUCAUGACUAAAGUAUCGUAAUAUUUCUGAGUAACUGAAUUAUUUUGCAAGCCCAUGUCUAUCAUGUAUUAAAUGAUGAUCCUUGCAAACAAAUAUCAGCGACUGACUUGCAAUUAUGAAGUGUUAUGAACCCUCAACCUAAAAAUAAUACAAAUAUAUACUUUUUUAAUGUGUUAUGAUUAUUGUUAUAAAGCUUUAUGAGUGUUUAAGUCUAAUUAAACAGUGCUAUUAGCAGAUUAUAACUCCUAUAAGUGUGUUUAUAAUGCGUAAAAGACAUGGGUGUCAUAGUAAGCGUUACCAAAAUGUCAAAUAUCAACCAAACGGUAGAGUAGCUGGUCCUGUUACGCCUCAAUCUAAUGUCCAUCUGCUGUGCUGAGUUUUAGCUGUCAAAUGUCUAAAUUAAAGGCAGAUCCGAAAAGGACGAUGAACUUCAUGACAUGUUGUACAUAAUGAUGGUCUUAGAGCAUCCUGUUGUUCAUCUACCCUUUUAAUGUGUUCAGUUGUAUCUAACCCUGCACCAGCGCUAAAGUGUGUGUGCUUAUAUAGCCUUACUUGACUUAAUUUGUCUGAUUUGAUAGGCUUCUUGCGCACAGAUGAUGUAGUUAGAUUAAGUUAAGGAAUGGCAAGUAAACUGCUUGAUUGUGUCACUUGGUUAUGAAUCAUCAAGCACAUGUAUCAUCCAUGCCUUAUACAGCCCACUGCACCUCCACUUUGUGGUCUAAAUGAAUGUGUUUCUGCUAGCCUUUAAUUAGCACCCACCGUCACCACUGGCACUCUUAUUGCCCUGACAGGGAUACUCGGGGUCUCAGAGACUCUGAAUGUCCUCCUGAUCUGCGGCAUGUUUAAUCGGAUGCCCUUUUUUGUGUGCUUUGUGUGCUGCUCCCUCAGCUCCUCCUGCUCUCUCAGUGCUUUAGCAACUCACUUUGGUAUUGUUUUAUAAUGACUAAAUAGUAAUGUAUUUGACUGAAUGAACCCGUGGGUUUGGAUUGUGUCUUUAAGUCUUAAUUAUGGGUUUAUGUGUUGGGCCAUGGUGCUCUGCGGACUGGGUCAGUAGUGGUUGUGGUCUCUUUUGCUUCCAUAGAGGAGAGUAUGCACUUAAAAAAAAAAUGGCUGCAUCAAAAAUGAUUUAAUUUAAUAAAGCUACAUAUGAAUAUAGCGUUUGUCAAGGAACAUGUUUUAUUUCAUUUCUUGUUUCCAGACCUGAUUUUCCACAAUUUGACAUGAAGCAUGGUUUAGAAUCCAAAGGAAAAUCCAUCCUUAAACACUUUCAAAAUGAGCGACUAUUGCUAACAGGACUGUAUGUAGUUCUAUUCAUCUAUUUUGUUGCCUGGUGAUGUUUUUCCUACUCCAGGGGAUAACAAGCCAAACCAAGAUGGUAUGUCUUCAUCGAGUCCAAUUUCCAAUUCCACAUGCUCUCUGGGGUCAUUCUUGGAAAUUCAUUGUUGAGGUUGAUUGAGAAACAUUCAAAUUCAGAGUAUGACCUCCUGAAAAUGGCGGUGGAGAUGCCCCAGAUUUGGAGAAAAGUGCUUAGCAAAGUAGUGUACUGAUGUUGAAGGUGGCAGCAGCAAAAUGUAUGUUAGAUAUCUAAAAAAUCUAUCUGUUUAAGUGAACGUUAUUUUUAGAGUAUCUUCACUGCUUUACCUUUCCGCCACACAUAGCUUUCCGACGGGUAACUAAAGGCGUUAUUUAUGCUCUCUACAAAGCCCAUUGAAAAAAACAAUAAUUCGACCUUGCUGAGCACGGGAGUUGCUGGUCUAUCGCUGCCUUGAUCGUCAGUUCGUUUUGUGUUAUUGUGCGACUUUGAAUAAUCUUAAUCAACCCUUUAAAACACCAAAGAUGCACGAUAACACAAACAAACUAAAUAUUUAUGCAGCAGUAGGCCAGAAACGUCCAUGUUCUGUGCGGUAAAAUUACUGUUUUUGUCAGUGGAGUCUGAUGGCUUUAAAGAGAGCUAAUGGCUUAUAAUAAUAGUCCCCCUAGGAAAGGGCUGUCUCACGGUAAGUUAAAGUGAUGAAAAUAAUACAACUUACAUUUUGACUGAUAUUUUAGGUUGCUAAGACAUGUUUUGCUUCUUCCUUUGUCUGCUGCAGUACAUUGCUUAGCGUUGGUGCCACUUCUCCUGUCUCUUCCAACAAACUGGCUAAUUUUCCGCUAUCUACUGUAGGAAAUACACUGGUCCACAUCCAAAAAUCCCAAAUAUCCUUUUAGGUUGAAAUUGAUUAAGCACAUAGAGAAAAUACACACAUUAUCAGACAAAAAAGGCUUUGAACAUCGAGCACAAUGAGAUACACUUUAAGGAUGGACUGUUCCUUCCAAAUUUUCCAGUAAAUAAUAGCUUUAUUUUGAUUCAGAUUUUUGUAAAACAGCCGCUUUUGUUUCACCACCAUGAUAUUGGGCCACUCUGUAGACCCCCUGUCCCAGCUCUCCACAGCUCUGUAACAUUUUGGCACUCUGGCCACCAGGCGCUAUAGGUCUGUAUCCUUGUUAUUUACUACUGAAUCCUCAACUCUGUACAGAAGAUGAGAAAAAUGAUCGCAUGGAACAUUGUUACUGUAAUAAUAACCUAUACAGUAUAUAAUAUUUAAUUUUAUAACUUGCGUCAGUGAAACCAACUCACAACAACGCACAGAAUUGCGAGAAUCCAUUUAGAAUUUAUCUUUGAGCACAUGGUAUCUAAGGAUCUCCUUUGUUUGUUUUGGUUUUGUAGAUUAGAGCUUUUUUUCUUCAUUCUUCCCAUUUUGGUUUUUACGGUUGCUGGGGUUUUGUGUAUUUUACUGUAGGGAGAAGAAUAUGACGUUAUGUUUAAGAUAAGAGAAGAAUCAUGCUUUUCGCUAAUAAUGACGAUGACGCUGAUCAUUCAGUGGGGGUUAUCCGGUGUGAGAAUGUUCAAGGGUUUGUGAAUGACCUGUGUCUGGUUUACGCUGAGCGAUAAGCAGUGAUGAAUCCUGGGUUAUGAAGUUUAAUGACUGUACAUUGAAGGGCUUGGUGUGGAUGCAGGCUCUAGAGACCCCGGCACCUCCUAGCACGGUACUCAAAGUCCAUCUGUAAAAGAAUAAUGCACUUUACUAUCAGUGAAGUAGUGAUCAUGUUGAUACCAUCUGAGCGACCGUUCCCUUUUCUGUCUGCAUAGAAAUGUUAACAGUCUCUAGAGCCCCAGUUCCACCUCUUGAAUUAUUAAAAGGAUUCUCUGUAUUGCCUUGUUAAUAUUCAUUUUGGACACAUAAUUUUAUAAAUGACAAAGACGUGAAAAUAAAGAUAAUUUAUCUUGUUAUUUA